UACUGCUCUGUUUGUGGCUGGUACCUGAAGUCAUUUCCCUCUUAGUCAAAGCUUUAUAAAGAAAUUAUUUCCUAAAUCUGAUUUUCAUCGUCGUUCUCCAUCCUUUAACUUUCUUGGGUGUUUUAGACGAAGACCUGAUCUGCAAGUACCCAAAACAAUGUGCACAGGGAAGUGUGCAAAGUUUAUUGGGAAAGCUCUGUUCCCUCUGGGAAUAUUAGCUAUAGUUUCACAUCUGCUCUUGUACUUUCCAAACGGACGGAUUUUAGAGGUGGACCAGAUAACAGAUUUCGUUUGGUAUUUCCAUGGAAUUGUUGGAGCUGGUAUAUUGGUUUUCCUUCCAGCAUUUAUGAUGCUGGGAGCAGGAGGAGAAGGGUGCUGUGCAAAUCGAUGUGGGAUGUUGCUGUCAGUUCUUUUCUCUGCACUGGGGGCUGCAGGAGGAGCAUUCUGCGUUGUGAUCUCCGCAAUGGGUUUGGUUAAAGGACCACAGUGUGACACAGGAAAUGGAGUAUUUGAGUACCCCUUCAGAAAUGAAACUGAAGAGGAAAGCUAUUUGUUUAAUCAGGAUUUAUGGAGCACAUGCCAGUAUCCUGAAAACAUUGUACUGUGGAACAUUGUGCUCUUCUCCAUUCUCCUGGGCAUUGGUGCCAUAGAAGCUGUGCUGUGCAUCAUUCAAGUUGUCAAUGGACUUAUAGGAUUUGUGUGUGGAACAUGUCUAAGAAAAAGGAAGGUCGGCAAUGACUCUUAGAAAUAAUAUUUAGAGCAUGAUCGAAAGAAACUUAAUACUAAUGAACGAAGGGCAGCAGAGGCAAACUACUGGACUUUCUAUACCUGACUGAGAAGCUCAGAUCCUUAAAGGGAGAUAAAGCUGAAAUUAAAACUAUUUCUGAAACAUAAAACUAUUUCUUCCCUAUGUAAUACAUUAGAGCAUUUUUAUUGCAGUUCAUGUCCCUUUAAAACAUUUAUGAAACUCUCACAUUUUUAUUUAGUAUGAAGAUUACAUUUUUGUAUGAAAAAUUUACAUCAGAAAGAUUAAAUAACUUUUUUAAAGGCAUAAUGUGAACAUAAAAUGUAUUCAUGCAUAAUUAGAGAACUUUGCAAUGCACUUUUAUUAUGUAUUUCAUGUUUUAAUCCUGUAAAUUAACUCUGAAAAGUGUAGUGUUUCCACUCCCACCACUCCUGAAUGCUGUGCACAGUGAUUGGUUGAUAUGUGCAGGACAUUUAUAUCUGUCUCUAACUGGCCACCGUAAGGUUAAAAAAACAAAAAAACUUUAGGGGGCUUUUCAAUGGGUGUGUUCCCAUAUUUUACAGAUAGUUUUCAAAUGCUUUUAAUAAUGUCUAAUAUUUUAGUGUCCCUUUAAGGACCAAUUACUGUGGAAGACAGAUGUGGGUGUGUUAGUGUAUCCAAUUUAGAGCAUUCAAACUAAGACUAUUGUGCAGUAUAUCCUAAAUCAGUUGUUGUACUCUUUGUGUGAUAUUUUCUAAAUUGGUUGCUCUGAGACAUUCACAUCUUAGCUUCACUAACAGCUAGAUUACGAGUUAUGCGCGCUAUAGGAAAAUUAACAAACACAACAAAAUUUGCGUUAUUUAACCCCCUAUAGCGCAGCCAUUACAAGUUUUGAAACAGCCGGCUUGUGCACGCGAUAUGGUGGUUUUAAACUCCAUACCGUACAUAAUUCAAGUGCUGUUUUGACGUGCUCGUGCAUGCUUUCCCCAUAGACAUUAAUGGGGAGAGCGGGUUAGAUCGCGGAAUGAAAAACUCUGUAACGAAGCCCCAUUGAUGUCUAUGGGGAAAAAAAAAGAUACGAUUAAACCUAAAACCCUAACAUAAACCCUAAAUCUAAACACCCCUAAUCUGCUGCCCCUGACAUCGCCGACACUUACAUAAUGUUAUUAACCCCUAAUCUGCUGCCCUGAUAUCGCCGCCACCUAAAUAAAUCUAUUAACACAUAAUCUGCCGCCCCCGAUAUCGCCAACACCUACAUAAUGUUAUUAACCUGUAAUCUGCCGCUCCCAAUAUCGAUGCCACCAAAAUAAAUCUAUUAACCCUUAAUCUGCCACUCCCGAUAUCGCUGCCACUAUACUAAAGUUAUUAACCCCUAUUCCCCUGCACCCCAACAUCGCCCACACUAUAAUAAAUAUAUUAACCCCUAUUCCGCCGCUUCCCAACAUCACUGCCACUAAAUAAAGCUAUUAACCCCUAAACCUCUGGCCUCCCACAUCACUACCACUAAAUAAACCUAUUAAACCCUAAACCGCCAGCCCCCCAUAUCGCAACAACCUAAAUUAAACUAUAUUAACCCUUAAACCUAACCCUAACACCCUUUAACUUUAACAUAAUAAAAAUAGACCUAAAUUAAAGUUACAAUUAUUAACUAAUAAUACUUACCUGUGAAAUAAAACCUAA